AUGGAGAACACAUUCUCAGAUGAUUAAGUUUAAGAUCUUAAUACUUGGGAUGAGUAUUCCAAUUAAAUAAUGUUGCCUUCUCCUAUCUUAUUGGGACGUCCUUCUCCUAGAAUGAAAUACCUUCAAGAAGAUUUCUCAAUACUUUCACUACCGUUUUAAUCAGACACUGUAGAUGAUGAAAAAAAUCUCAAUAAUUCUUAUGAUCCUGUGUAGAGAAUCCUCAAAAUGACUAAAAAGAUAGAUAAAAAAACCAAAAAGUAUAAAAAAUAAACUAAAACAACCAAUCCAAUCUUAAAUGCUGCCAGAGAUUUCUUUUCUUAAAUCAAAUAAAGAAAUCCAACAUAAUAAAUCUAACAAUUCUAAUAGAUGAAAUCAUUGAUUGAUAAUUUAGAGGAAAUUUUAGUAUAAGUUAAACAACAAAUUAUAAUCUAAGUUCAAAAAACAGGAUCUCGAGUGUGA